UGCUAGGGAGUUUGGGCCCGCGCUGUUGGCAGCGCCGGGGCGCGGCUGGAGGCCGCGUGGCAGCAGGGAUCGCUGGCGCCUCGUGUCUCAGUCUUCCGGCGACAUGCAGCGAGUGAGCGUGCUGAGUUUUGCGUUGCUGGGGGCCCUGCUGGCCGUGGGCUGCCGCGCCAAGGAGUCAGACCUCAAAGUGGAGAAACUGUUCGUGCCCGAUGAGUGCACCGAGAAGUCCAAGACGGGCGACAUGCUCACCAUGCACUACCGUGGCACGCUGGACGACGGCAAGCAGUUCGACUCCAGCCAUGACCGGGACCAGCCAUUCUCGUUCCAGCUGGGCGUUGGGCAGGUGAUCAAGGGCUGGGACCAGGGCCUGGUGGACAUGUGUGUCGGUGAACGCCGCCGCCUCGUUAUCCCGCCUGAGCUGGCGUACGGCGACCGUGGGGCGGGUGCAGUCAUCCCAGGAGGUGCAACACUGACAUUUGAAGUGGAGCUUCUGAGCAUUGGCGAUUCACCACCGCCAGUGAAUGUUUUCAAAGAAAUUGAUGCAGACAAGGACCAGAAUCUUUCAAGGGAUGAAGGGCAGCAGAACAAUGCUGAUGCAGGUCAUGCUGUGAAUAUCUUCAGGGAAAUAGAUGCUGAUAAAGACGACAAUCUUUCAAAAGAUGAGGUCAGUGAAUACCUGAAGAAACAAAUGGUAGCAGCUGAAGAAGGAGGAGACAGUGAAGAAGUGAAACGUAUGCUGGAGGACCAUGACAAACUUGUUGAUGAAAUAUUCCAACACGAAGACAAGGACAAAAAUGGCCUCAUAUCUCAUGAUGAGUUCUCUGGUCCAAAACAUGAUGAACUGUAACACUUUGUGAAUACCAACUGUGUGCAAAUAUGCAUUUACUGAAAAAGACUACUGUGUGUGUGUGUGUGUGUGUGUGUGUCAAACCUUAAAAGUACAUUGAUGUUUAAGAAAGGAAGAUAUUGUGCGUAUGUGUCCUUUCCACAUUACUACUACAGAAAUUUUUCAAUAUUAAAUUAUUGUUCAGUGGUUUAUCAGCACAGACAAUUUUCAAAAAUUAAAUUGAACAUUGUGAGAGGUUUUUUUUAUAUAAAUAUGAGGAUACGUUAAAGAUUUGUGAUGGUUAAUAAAAAUUCUGGAAAAAUAA